AUGGCUAAUUUUACCAAAUUUGAUAUCGAGUUUGAUAAUGCUGAAAGUGUUUAUUUUGCUGGUCAAGAGGUCACCGGAAAAGUUGUGAUUGAAAGUUGUGAACCUAAUAAAGUUAGUGAAAUACUUCUUGAACUGAAAGGUCGAGCAAAGACGUAUUGGACUAAAGAUUCAGGUAAAUCGCGGAAACAUUGCAGUCAGGCAGAGCCAUAUUUCUGCGAACAAUUUAAUACUGGUUAUACACAUCAGUUUACUCAAAAAACUCCUGAUAAUAAAAAACAACGAAUUUUACCAUUUGGAAAACAUGAGAUUCCAUUUUCGUAUACUUUGCCAAAAACACUGCCGACAUCGUUUGAAGGAGAAUUUGGAUAUGUUCGUUAUACAUGUAAAGCCACGUGUGAACGUCCAUGGGAUGUUGAUAUUGUAUCAAAACGAGCUUUUACUGUUAUUGGAAUAGAAGAUAUCAACCAAAAUUCUAAAGCGAUGGAGCCAGCAUCUGAAUCUGAAUGCAUAUCUUCAGUUAAGCUUUGUUGUCAAAAACAAGGUUCAGUAUCAGUGGAAAUGUCCGUGAAUCGAACUGGAUUCACUCCUGGCGAAGAAAUUCAUGUAAAUACUUUGAUAAACAAUGACAGUGCUAAAACUAUUCGAUGUUUAGCACUCAAGAUGAAACAGUUUGUGGAUUACAGGGCUAAAACAUUUUCUGGAACAGAAGAAGUAAAACAAGCAAGCAAAGUAGUCAUAAAGAAGGAAAAAGGCGAAAUUGCUGCACAUUCAAAAUCUGCUUGGACAAAUGAAAUUAUUACAGUACCAUCAAUUCCCCCGAGGUUAUCUCGGUGUAAAAUUAUUCAAAUCAGUUAUGUACUUGAAACAAAUGUAAAUGGAAAAGUAGCAACAGUAAUACCAAUUCAAAUUGGUACUAUUCCAUGCCUAUCAAACAUUACUGAAAGAAACAAAAAUGGUGAAUAUGAUCUAACUGUAAGAAAUGGUAACAUUCCAUCAGCCGAAUCGAUUAAACUUCUCGAUGAAAAAAUUACAAAAAUACAGGUUACAAUUACAAGUGAAAAUGGUAAAACGAUAGAAAGCUCAAAUGAAUUGGAUGAUCUAAACUUAAUAACAAGUGAGCCAACAUCACUUCUGAAGAAACGAGUGCGUAUGCCAAGUUCAAUAGUUAGCGAACUUUAUCCAAAACUCCCAAGUCCUUAUUAUAGGAUAUCACAUUUUGGUGAGGUGAAUAUAUUUGAAGAUCAAGAAAACGUACAAUACGGUGAUAUAAAAUUUGCUCCGAAGUAUCCAUUUUAUUAG